GUGGAAGAUUUGGACCACCGUGGUCGCUCGUGUAUCUUUCUUCUGUCUCCUUCUUCCUUUUGAUCAGAGAGUGAAGCGAAAUCGGAAAAGUUAACGACGGAGAUGGCUACAGAGGCACCAACGCAAUCUUACAGCGAGCAAUGGUAUUGGGACGAUCGUUACAAGAAUGAAUCUGAACCGUUUGAUUGGUACCAGAAGUAUUCACCUUUAGCUCCUCUCAUCAAUCUCUAUGUUCCUCAACGUAAUCAACGAGUCCUCGUCAUUGGCUGUGGAAACUCAGCGUUUAGCGAAGGAAUGGUGGAUGAUGGAUACGAAGAUGUAGUCAGUAUUGAUAUAUCAUCAGUGGUGAUUGAUACCAUGAUUAAGAAAUACUCUGAUCGUCCUCAGCUCAAAUAUUUGAAGAUGGAUGUGCGUGAUAUGAAAGCAUUUGAAGAUGCUUCUUUUGAUGCUGUUAUCGAUAAAGGUGUUCUUACUACUUGUUUGAAUAUCAUUACUAGCCUAAAAUGCAUUAUGUUUCAUUUGUAUAACAUUUUGGAUUUUUGUGUGUGUGUUUUCAGGAACCUUAGACUCCAUUUUGGUGAUGUGGGAGUAAUUCGAGGCAAUACUCAACACAAAUGCUUGAAGAGGUUUGGAGUUGAUGAAACCUAUAGGGUCCUCAAGGAUAAAGGAGUCUAUAUCCUGAUUACAUAUGGUGCUCCGAUUUACCGUCUUCGCCUGUUUAAAGAAUCAUGCUCUUGGACAACCAAACUCCAUGUUAUAGACAAAAGUUUAACCGAUCAACCGUUAGACACCCCAAAAUGGGAACUGACAAAACCUCUUCCUCUAGAUGCUGAUGGAAGUUCAGUGGAAUCUGCGAUAGGCAAAAACCCUGAUGUCCAUUACAUCUACGUCUGUAUUAAGGAUGAGUCUUCGAAGAUGGAGGCAGAUGCAGCAUGAAGUCAUGGGAACCUCUUUGUGCCAUUUGCUCCGAACAUAUAAGUCCUCUAAGGUCUUAUUUUUGUGUUUUGUCGUAGUUAUCUACAAAUUUAAGACGAGUAAUCUUGAGUUCAUGUUUACUCCGUAAUUAGAGGAGGAACAAAAGUUUUAACUAUAA